AUGUACUCUCUACAGCACGCUAUAUUGGUCGGCGAAAAAGGUAGGGCCAUUUCUCCUGGGCGACCUUGUCUCUGCUCCUCCUCGCUCCUCGGCCGCAGACCCCCGCGUCCAAUCCCGGCUUCAUCAGAGGUUGCCAUGUCCGUGCUGGCUCUGAGACAGCUGAGCCGCCUGACGCGCCCGGCCGGCGGCCUCCUGCGCAUGCCCCCCGCCCCUCUGUAUGCGUGGCUGCCCUGGGAAGAGCUGCGCAUUGUGGACAAGAUCAUCGCUAUGACGGUCUGCUUCCUAUGCCUCCUCGUGCCCGGUGGCUGGGUCUUAGCCCACCUGGAAUGCUACAAGAAGGAGUGA